UCUAAACUUGUAUAAGGGUUAAAAAUAUAAGUAAUACGCCCGAAAAAUUCUAAGAACUCGUAAACAUGAAAGUAAGAAAAUGUCAUUGGGCAAUGUGCGCGAUAACGGUCGGAAUAAUCAUCGGCUGCAUUGUUAUGGUCGCAUUGAUACCUGGAUUCAAGCACGAAACUGUUAAAUUUAAGACAAUGUUGGUCAGCAUGGUGAUAGUCUUGUUCUUCCAAUACCUAAUCGGCGAUCCGAUCAAGUUUGUGAUCCUUUCCAUUGACCGGACAUUCUGGCCGCCGGAAGACUAUAUUCCCCCUCGAGAUGAUAAGGAAUAUGGAAACCCACGUAUGGAUUUCUUGAAGCAGCGUUUAAUAAGCCAGAAGAUAAACGUAAGAGUAACGUCAAAAUACAGGAAUUUUAAACUCAAUGAGCAAUACAAGAUGAUUUGCCACGAUCUCAUCACUUACGGGCAGUACUUCCUUUGUCUGAUGUGUUUGAUUCUUAUUAAUAGGGAUGAGACUAUUUAUCAUAAUACCCGGAUUAUUACGGAUUUGUUUAUGUAUAACCACACGGAUUACACAGGUCUCAAGGAGGUGUACUUUCUGAAUCAGCUUUACGACUUUAUUGAAUCCACGAUGGUGGUAGCUUUCAAUUCAAAUUCGAGUGAUGGAACUGCUCCGGGUUGGGUUCAUGCCGAGCAAACGGUCCUCCUGGGAGUAAUACGAUUGCGACAGCUGCGAGUGGUUGAUCCGAAAAUUGGCUUGGAUCCACCGGAGUUCUCAGAAUUGUAUUAUAUGCCGGAUUGGCAAUUACCAUACAGGCGACUGCACUAUGCUGAAAAAUAUUGGCGGAUCUACGAACCCUGGAUUCCCGUAACGGUGAGCUUCGAGUUUCUGGACGGCCUGCUCAUGAACUUCAACCACCAAGGCUACCUCAACGAAUACCCGGAGCUCAUGGGCUACGUGAGUCUGCUGGCCAGAAGUGCGGCGAAUAGUAUGAAGGUAUUGGACUACCUCUCCGAAUAUCACUGGCUGACGCUGAACACCUCAGCGGUGUUCAUCGACUUUACGCUGUACAACGUGGACGUGAAUCUUUUUAGUAUUUGCACUUUGCGAUUGGAGAAGACCCCAUUUGGUGGCACAGUGCCGGAUGUGAAGGUGGAGAGCGCUAAGCUCCUUGAGGACGUGGAUCAGUUGCCAUAUACUGGGUUACUCGCUUUGCUUAUCUAUGCGGUAGUCUUUAUACAGUUCGCCCAGUCGUUGGCAGUCAAGCUGUGGUUUGAACCGAAAUCACUGAGCGUUAUUUGGAAUAAGAUAGAUCUGUUGAUCUUCGUGGUGAAUUUAAUGGUGGUGGUGCUGGUGAUUCUUCGAGAGACCCUAGUGGCUAGGAUGAUGAAGAAGGUCGAGGGUGCCAGUAAGAUGGAGUUCAUUGACUUUCGGCGGCCAUCGCGCUUGCAUCAGUUUACCAUGGUCGGGAUUGGCAUUCUCAUAUGUAUCACCACGCUAAGGCUUUGGCGCGUCUUGCAAUUCUCCAGCAUUUUUGAGCUGUUCACGAAGACCCUCUAUCUGGCUUGGUCAGCGGUGGUCAGCACGGCCAUCGCCAUCGUUAUAUUCCUGAUGGGGUUCUGCUUUGCCGUCGUCACCAUAAACGGCAAUAAUAGCGACAACUUUAACAGGUUCCUCAAAAGCAUGGUUAUGUGCAUGUGCUUCUCCUUUGGAUUCAGCGCUCAAGUAAAGCCCUCGGAAUUGUUUCACGGCGGUAUAUGGUUGGGCAUUCUUUUAUAUGGUAUUUUGGCCUUUGUCAUCAUCGUGCUCCUGAUCAAUGUAUUUGUGUCCGUGAUAAAUGACUAUUUCACCAUCGCCAAGACCAUGAGGGACUCGCAGAAAGAUAAUCGGAUUAAUUUCUUUCAGUUCCUGCGCGUUGAGUAUACGGGCUUCUUUGAUUACAUUCAGAAUUUGCCAUGCUGGCGUCGAAAUUACGUCCGGCAUAACCGAACGGUAGCACAGAAUGUGAAUCGAAAACUAGUUGAAAUGGAUGCGAAGAGGUUAAUGAAACAGAGGCAGCGACGAGGCAUUCAAGUGGAAGAUCAUCAACCGGAAUAUGAGGUACAGUUGGCGUAUCUAGAUCAUGGUGAACGGAUAAUCAACGUGGGCAACAUCCUGACUUCCCAGGUGAAAUUACUCAGUAUGCUUUUAUUCGAUGAUUAUAAGGAAGAGCAAGUUCGGCCGGAAUUCCAGAAUCCUGAUGCGUAUACAGACAGACCACCAAAGGGAAAAAAGACCAAUGAUGAAGCAGACGCCUAAAAGAUUGGAAU